AUGAUGCCCCACAUUCUUAGUCUGCUGCCCAUUGUGGCCAUGUCUGUAUCUGCAGUGGUGAUCCCCAACCCACCCGGACAAUACGAUGUGUUUUACAGCACGGCAAAAAUGAUCGAAAAGACCAGAGUCGAUCCCUUUGAUCCCCACCACGGACCGCGUGCAGUGAUGACUUCAAUAUUUGCUCCCACCCACUGCAAAGUCGAUCUCGAGAAGAUAGAUUACCUACCCCCCGCAACCGCCGCAUACUACUCUGACCUAUACGGCGCAUACGGACUCCCCAAUGGGUCGCUUCAAUCCAUCUCUUUCCAGGCCUGCCCAGAACCUCCAAGAGGCCAUCACCUCCACUUUCCAGUCGUGCUAUUCUCGCCUGGUCUCGGCACAACGCGGCUGUUCUACAAUGUUAUUGCACAGGCUGUGGCCAGCGCCGGGUUCAUCGUGGUGUCUAUCGACCAUCCCUACGAUACUGAGUUACUGGAGUUCCCGGACGGAAGCGUCGUGAUGGCUGCAAAUAUUAGUGACGCACAGGUUCCACUGGAUGUCGAGACCAGAGCGCGAGAUGUGUCCUUCGUGUUGGAUCAGCUGAGCAACAAGGCUGGCGUCGCAACUCUACUUCCUGGGACAGGUGCCCCGAGUUUGAGAACUGGGCGAGUCGCGAUGUAUGGCCACUCAGUUGGGGGUGCGGCCACUGCCGAAGCCAUGCAUUUGGACCAUCGGAUUGUCGCUGGAGCGAACCUAGACGGGUCAAUGUUUGGACCAGUGGUUCGGCAAGGGCUUCGUGGUCCAUUCCUCCUCUUCGGACAUGAAAAUAAAACCCAGACGACAGACCCAACGUGGAAAGAGUUUUGGUCGCAUCUGCGGGGAUGGAAAUUAGAGCUGGAAUUGGCUAAGGCUCAGCAUUACGCAUUCUCCGACUUGCCGUUCCUGUUGAACUUGCUGGGUCUGCCUGCUCAAAAACUCCCUGCCAUCCAAUCAAUGGUUGGAACUUUGGAUGGGUUCAAGGCAUUUGAAAUUGUUCAUCGAACUGUCGUUGCCUUUUUGGGGUUUGGGCUUCGUCAAACCCCACCUGCUUCAAUCCAAGGCGUCAUUUCACAGUAUUCGGAGGUAUCGGUUGUUGCGCGGUAA